CAUACACUAGAGAAAAUGAAUUGUAUUGAUAGGAUGAUCGACAUUGUCCACUUGAGGCCAUGUGCCCCAGUACUCCAGUCAGGGGUACAACGGUCAUUCCCGUACUCCUUGACUUUCACCAAUUUAUACGAGCUAAGCUUUUCAGACACAAAACUCACCCAGACAGAGAGAAAGAGGGAGAUGGGAAUGAUGAGUUUGAGCAGCGUAAUGGUUUUGUCGAUGAUACUGCUAGUGCAAGUGUCUUCGACGCAGUACAAAGUUGGGAACUUGGACUCAUGGGGUAUCCCGACUGAUGCUAAAGUAUACUCGAAAUGGCCCAAAUCUCACUCUUUCAAGAUCGGUGACUCCCUCUUGUUCUUGUACCCACCAAGCGAAGAUUCAAUGAUUCAAGUGACAGCUUCCAACUUCAAGAGCUGCAACACCAAAGAUCCGAUCUUGUACAUGAACGACGGCAACUCUCUCUUCAACCUCACCCAAAACGGAACCUUUUACUUCACCAGCGGACAUCCUGGCCACUGUCAAAAGUACCAGAAGCUCAUUGUCUCCGUCGGCCCUUACUCCGCCGAAGCAGACGCCUUGUCUCCCUCCUCUUCUUCUGCCGAUGCCGACGCUCCCUCUUACCAAAACGCAUUUGGAUCGAUCCCGCUCUCUCAGAAAUCUUCGUCUUCAUCGCCCCUAUUCUCCACUGUCGUUGCUUCGCUGGCCUGCGCUGUCGUCGUCGGUGCUCUCAUGUGAAAAUGGCAAUUAUUGAUUUUUUUUUAUGAAUUUUGUUCUGCCCAAAAAGCAAACAGUGAUUGGCUCUUUUUCGGAUAUUUUAUUAUUUCUUAAAUCGUUUAUUAUUAUUACCUCCGAAUCUCCAUUUCUAGUCAGUUCGAUUUUUUAAAAAUUUCAUAAACGAGUAAUGUAUUCGCUUCCAAAUUCUACGUAUAUUAAUUAUUACGAAACAUUA